AUGGUAGGCAUUGAGCCUGACAUCAUCACCCAUAAGCUAAACGUCGAUCCCAACUCAAAGCCCGUGAAGCAGAAAAGAAGGAAGUUUGCUCCAGAAAAAAUGAUAGUCAACGAGGAGGUGGACAAGCUACUCAAAGCUGGCAAAAUCCGAGAAGUCAAAUAUCCCGAUUGGCUAGCUAACGUGGUGGUUGUUGGAAAGAAAAAUGGCAAAUGGCGGGUGUGCAUCGAUUUUACAGAUCUCAAUAAGGCGUGCCCUAAAGAUCCAUUCCCGCUGCCACAUAUUGAUGCAUUAGUGGACGCUACAGCUGGCCAUGAGGCUACAUUCCUAGAUGCGUACUCAGGUUACAAUCAGAUACUAAUGGAUCCUGCAGACCAAGAAAAGACCGCCUUCAUGACUGAAAGAGGCAUCUAUUGUUACAAGGUAAUGCCCUUUGGGCUAAAAAAUGCGGGUGCCACCUACCAGCGGCUAGUCAACAAGAUGUUCGAGAAGCAGCUGGGGGACACGAUGGAAGUCUAUAUAGAUGACAUGCUGGUCAAAACAAAGAAAGCAGAGGAUCAUGUGGACCACCUGCAAGAAACCUUUGAAGUCUUAAAGAAGUAUGGGAUGAAGCUCAAUCCUAGCAAGUGUUUUGGUGUCCCAGCAGGCAAGUUUUUGGGCUACAUAGUCACCCAGCGAGGAAUAGAAGCCAAUCCCAGCCAAGUGCAAGCACUAAUCAACAUCCAGUCACCGCGAAACCUGAAAGAGGUCCAGAAGCUGACAGGAAGGGUAGCUGCACUGAACAGAUUCAUAUCCAGAUCAUCCGACAAGUGCCACUUGUUUUACAACGUGCUAAAAAAGAAUAAAGGAUUCAACUGGACAGAUGAGCAUGAAGCUGCAUUGCAGGAUCUGAAGGUCCUGGCUCAACCUCCCCUAUUAUCAAAGCCAUCCACAGGAGAGACUCUCCAGCUGUAUCUAGCUGUUAGCAGCAAAGCGGUAAGUGCGGUACGGGAAGGGAACAAUCAACAACUCCCAGUUUAUUACGUUAGCAAAUCCUUGCUGGAUGCUGAAACCAGGUACACAUCACUUGAAAAGUUAGUGUUAGCUUUAUAUAUGGCAUCUCGUAAGUUGAGGCACUAUUUUGAGUCUCACCCCAUUCAUGUUAUGACUAAUUACCCCAUCAAAGCAGUAUUACGAAAACCUGAGCAUUCAGGGAGAAUGGCCAAAUGGGCCAUAUCCCUGAGUGCACAUGACAUUAGGUAUCUACCCAGGACAGCUAUAAAAUCGCAAGCCCUAGCUGACUUUGUGGCAGACUUUAGUAAAUCAGGCUCAUGGCAGCUGUAUGUAGAUGGAUCUUCAAACUUCAGAGGGGCUGGUCUAGGUAUAGUGCUAAAGUCGCCACAAGGGGACAUGAUAGUACGCGCUAUCUGCUGCGAUUUUAAAGCUACCAACAAUGAAGCUGAAUAUGAGGCCUUAAUAGCAGGUAUGACACUAGCACAUGAUUUAAAAGCUAACAGUUUGCGUGUCUUCAGUGAUUCGUUGCUAAUAGUAAGCCAGGUAAAUGGAGAGUACGCAGCUAAAGAUUCUAAAAUGGCCUCUUACCUAGAGCUAGCCAAAGACAAAGCCAAGUUAUUCGAAGAGUUCAGCAUAAAGCAGAUCCCAAGGGACCAGAAUACCAAGAGCUUGCGCCAGCUACGAUCUAUUACAAAGUGCUUAGACAAAGACCAAUGGGAGCCCACCCUCAAGGAGUUCCAUGAAGGUGAAUGCGCUCAUGCAGCUGGAAGAAGCUUAUCAAACAAAAUCCUAGCAUACGGGUAUUAUUGGCCAACCAUGCGUGCUGAUGCUAAGAAGUAUGUGCAAAAAUGCGAAAGCUGCCAAAAACACGCAGGCAUGACACAUCAGCCAGCUGAGAUAUUGCACCCCACCUUAACACCCUGGCCUUUCAUGAGGUGGGGCAUGGACAUUGUGGGGAAAUUGCGUAGCUCCAGGGCAAAAAGUUUUUUAGCACUCACGGACUACUUCUCUAAAUGGAUCGAAGCUGGGGCAUUCCAGCAGGUGAGAGAUAAAGAAGUAAUAUCCUUUUUGCAUACUAACAUUAUCUGCAGAUUCGGGUACCACGAAAUCAUUUGUGAUAACGGAUCACAAUUCAUAAGUGACAAGACAAGGCAAUUCUGUCACGAAUGGAACAUCAGCUUGAUAACUUCCACACCUAGAUAUCCGCAAGCUAACGGACAAGCUGAGUCCAGCAAUAAAGUAAUUAUCAAUGAUAAGAGGCGCCUAAAAGCUAAGAAGGGAAGAUGGGUAGAAGAGCUACCUAAGGUGCUGUGGGCAAACAGAACAACACCAAGAGGCGCCACAGGAAGAACUCCUUUUUCACUUGUGUAUGGAUGCGAGGCGGUGCUACCUGCGGAAGUAGCUGUCCCUACAGCUAGAUAUGGAUUGAUGACUCCUGAAGCCAACGACAAAGAGCUUAGCUACGACCUAGAUUCCAUCGAAGAAUUGCGAGAUAAUGCAUUAGUACGAAUGGCUGCACAACAGCAAAUAGUGGCUCGUAGCUUCAACAAGAAUGUCAAAGCUAAAGUAUUCAAGGUAGGAGAUUGGGUUCUAAGGAAAGUUUUCCAGAAUACCCAAGUCAAUGCAGGUAAGUUAGGGAUCAGCUGGGAAGGCCCCUAUCUAAUCGAUCAAGUAGUUGGAAAAGGAGCUUAUCGUCUAACUACUAAAGAUGGAAAAGCCAUACCUAGAAGCUGGAACGCUUCUCACCUUAAGCUAUACCAUUUCUAACCUGGGGCACCUACCAGGUUACUAUCGGGCAAAGACGCCAGAAUCUCUAAAGGUAACCACUGCUUUGCACAAAGCAUUGGUCCACCAGGUAAACAACCACUUAAUUUGUCUAACAACUUAAGUAUUUUAUGCUCGUAGCAGCAAGCCA